AUGGCAAAUUUCGCUGCCGCUUGUCGUGAAGCAAAUGCUGAAAUAAGUGUUUGGUCGAUACCUGUUCCUGGCUCAGCGGAUUCGGAGUACGUUUACGGCGAGAUUAUCCAUGAUUUGUCCGAAGGCCCUCCAAGCGGCGAUCAGACUUUGUCGCUUUUAAUAGAUGACGAAAAUGGCACUGUGAUUAAGCUAGACCUUAGCCGGAUGAGUGAAGUUAGCGUAUUUCCUGGCCAGGUUAGCAUGAGAUUUUUUUUCUAA